UUAUACUGGAUAAGCUAAGAAUGACAGUGCGCAUGCAAGUCACUGCAGAUAUGAAUAACCAUGAAAGACUAUGAGAAAACAACAGCAUUCUUGGGCCAGUGGGGACCAUUUCAAAAAAUCGUCUUCUUUCUGCUGUGUACCAGCACAGUUCCAAAUGGAUUCAGUGCUUUCUCUGUUAUAUUCCUGGCUGAUAUUCCAGACCACCACUGCCAAAUUCCAGGAACAAAUCUGAGUGAGGACUGGAUCAGGGCAAGCAUUCCUACAAAGGCGGUGAAUGGAAAGCUAGAGCUGAGUAAGUGCAGGAGAUACAAGCUGGACAUAAUACGAAACCUUUCUUCUCAAGGCUACAAUCCCGAGGACGUAAACCUCACUGAGAUUGAACAGGAGAAAUGCGUAGAUGGAUGGAUGUACAGUAAACACAUAUACCAGUCCACCAUUGUUACUGAGUUUGAUCUUGUUUGUGACGAUGAAUGGAAACAACCCUUCACCUCUUCCAUCUAUUUCAUUGGUGUACUCUGCGGAUCAUUCUUUUCUGGACAGAUCUCUGACCGGUUUGGGAGAAAGCCUGUCCUUUUCGUAACCAUGAUGGUCCAAACAUUCUUCACUUUUAUUCAAGUCUUUGUGCCAUCUUGGGAAUUAUUCUCUGUUCUCUUCUUCAUUGUUGGACUGGGGCAAAUUUCCAACUACGUGGCAGCAUUUGUGUUAGGUACAGAAAUCCUUUCUGGGGGUGUAAGGGUCCUUUACUCAUCACUGGGAGUGUGUUUUUUCUUUGCCAUUGGCUACAUGAUGCUGCCACUGAUGGCAUUCCUAAUACGAAGUUGGAGGAUGCUUUUAGUUGCACUGUCUGUACCUGGCCUUAUCUACAUCCCCCUCUGGUGGUUCAUUCCAGAGUCUCCUCGAUGGCUGAUCUCUCAGGGGAAAUUAGAAGAAGCUGAGGCCAUAGUGAAAAAUGCUGCUAAGAAAAACAAAGUCACACCUCCUGACAUCAUUUUCAAUGAGAUUGGGGAAGAGGAGAGAAACAUUAAACCAAAAGAAUCAAACAAUGUUUUGGAUCUUAUGAGGACCAGCAACAUUCGGCGAACCACUUUGAUAUUGUUUCUAGUGUGGUUGACCCUCAGCAUGGGCUACUUCGGCCUUUCUUUAAACACAUCUCGCCUUCAUGGAGAUCCAUUUGUAAACUGUUUCAUUUCUGCUGCCAUUGAGGUACCUGCCUAUGUCACUAGUUGGCUGUCUUUGCGCUACUUGCCAAGGAGACUGUCUUGCUCAGCCAGCAUGCUGCUAGGUGGAGGAGUGCUCUAUUUCAUCCAGCUAGUGCCACCAAGCCUGCCCUCCUUGUCUGUGGCUCUUGAAAUGAUGGGGAAGUUUGGGAUAGCAAUAGGAACAGCCCUGAUGUUCACCUAUACUGGGGAGCUGUACCCAACAGUGCUGAGGAACACAGCAGUGGGGUCAUGUGCUAUGGUGUCUCGUGUGGGCAGUGCAAUUGCCCCCUACUUUAUUCAUUUGAGUGUGUAUCAUGAACACUUACCCUACAUACUUUUGGGUACCCUGUGCCUUUUGUCAUCGACAACCACACUGUUCCUGCCAGAGAGCUUUAACCAGCCCCUUCCAGAGACAAUAGAACAAAUGCAAAAAAGGGACAGAAGUUGUGGAUCAAACUCGUCCCUGCAAAGAGGCCACCUCAAAAAAGUCCUGCCUGGUUGUGUAAUUCGCCACAGGAGGCCUAACUCUCAACGCCUUCCUUUCUGCACAAGCCUCAGUGUUAUCUUUACCACAAUGGGUGAUUACGAAGAGGACACAGCAUUUCUGGGCCAAAAAGGCCCUUUCUUCAUGAUCAUCUUCCUGCUUCUGAACGCUAUCUACAUCUCCACCGGCUUCCAUAGUUUCUACAUUGUGUUUGCUGGCGCCUCCCCUUCACACUACUGCCAGGUCCCAGAAGGGAAUCUGAGUGAGGAAUGGAUCAAGGCCAGCAUUCCUGUUGAGGCAGUGAAUGGAAAGCUAGAACCAAGCAAGUGCUGGAGAUAUAAUUUGGACACAAUUCGACAUUUCGCUGCGGAAGGGAACAAUUUUGGUGAUGUAAACCUCACAGAUGUCACUAAGGAACGGUGUGUGGAAGGAUGGAAAUACAGUACAGAAAUCUACCACUCUACCAUUGUCUCUGAGUGGGAUUUGGUGUGUGAAAAACAGUGGAUAGUUCCAUUUGCCUCCUCAACGUUGUACAUGGGCUACUUGUUGGGAUCCCUUGUCUCAGGCCAGCUCUCUGACAGGUUUGGAAGAAAGAAGGUCCUUUUCGCAUCUCUCGCUUUUGAGUCUCUCAUCAUCUUUGUGCAGUCGUUCUCUCAGUCCUGGCUGGUUUUCUGUAUCCUGUAUUUCUUUGUCGGUGCCUUCCAGGUGUCCCUGUAUAUCACAGCCUUUGUUCUUGGUACUGAGGUGCUUAGUACAUCCCUGCGAGUUCUUUUCACCACCUUGGGUGCCUUUCUACACUACUGCUUUGGGUACAUGGUGUUACCAUGGAUUGCCUUUGCAAUCAGAGACUGGCGAGCUCUACUCAGGGUCCUAUCUGGCCUAACACUGGUGUACAUCCCAUUCUGGUGGUUCAUUCCAGAGUCUCCUCGAUGGCUGAUCUCUCAGGGGAGAGUAGAAGAAGCUGAGGCCAUAGUGAAAGAUGCCGCUAAGAAAAAUGAAGUCACACCUCCUGACAUCAUCUUCAAAGUGUCUGAGGCUAACAUGGUGCCAGUGCAUAUGAAAAAGUACAGCAUGAUCGACAUUGUGAAGUCCAGUAAUAUCCGUUGUACUACCUUCAUGUGUUUACUGUUAUGGAUGGCCAUCAAUAUUGGAUAUUUUGGAUUGUCCUUGAACACAUCCAAUCUCCUUGGCAAUCCGUUCUUGAACUGCUUUUUAUCAGCUGUUACUGAAGUGCCUGCUUAUAUUGUUGCCACCUUACUCCUGAAGAGCUGCCCACGAAGACUGCUUCUCUCAGCAUUCCUCAGUAUAGGUGGAGGAUUCCUUCUCUUGAUCCAGCUCAUCCCUGAAAGUCUUCAUACACUGGCACUGGCCUUAGAAAUGGCUGGCAAGUUUGGCUUCACCAUGGCCUUCACUGUGGUGUACAUUUACACGGCAGAGGUUUACCCCACUGUGGUUAGAAACCUGGGAAUGGGAAUGUGUUCCUCUGCUGCACGUAUUGGAAGCAUCACUGCACCUUACAUCAUAUUCUUAGGCACUUUUAGUAAAUAUCUCCCAUAUAUUCUGAUGGGAAGCCUUACCAUUGGCUCAUCCUUAGCAAACAUGUUUCUGCCCGAGACAUUUGGUAAAGUGCUGCCUGAGACUGUGGAACAGAUGCAGAAGUGCAAACGCUGCCCCAGGGGAGAUGACCGUAUGUUGGAGGAAAACAGGAAACAGGAUGUUCUAAAAGAACAGAAACUCUGAGGACAUCAUGUUGUAGAAAAUCUGCAAAGUUGAGGAUUGGUGUAAAAUUAUACAGAUUUUGUAGAUUUGUGAAAUGCAAAAUAAGGACAGCAGAGUAAACAUACACUACAGUGUGUGCAGAAUUAUUAGGCAAGUUGUAUUUGAGAGGAUUCUGUUUAUUAUUGAACAACAACUAUGCUCUCAAUCAACCCCAAAGACUCAAAUAUCAAAGCUUAAUAUUA